AUGGACGCCCCGGUCUAUGUCAUCCGGGGCCACCCCUCACCCGUCCACUCCCUGCACUUCUAUCGCUCCAACUCUCGUCUCGUCUCUGCCGAUGCCGAAGGUUGGGUCGUGCUCUGGGAUAUUCCAGUCAGGCGCCCUGUAGCUGUUUGGAGGGCUCACGAUAGUGCAGUACUCGGCGUCGCGGAUUGGGACGACUCCAACAUCAUCACCCAUGGGAGGGAUAAUAAAAUAUACGUCUGGCAGGUCCGCUCCGAAGACGAACCAAGCCUCGAUACCCGAUUACCUGCGACAUCCUCGUCUGAACAUCAUCGCCCACCAUGGCUGCUCCACGCCCUCGAUGUGAACGCCCUCAAUUUCUGCUCGUUUGCGAUGUGUCCUAGCCUUAACAGUGCAAGCAGCAGUCAGAUAUUGCUUGCAGUUCCCAGUUCCAAGGACCCAAAUGCUGUAAGUCCCGGUUUCAGCCAUUCCAUUUAA